CCUGCGCUAAACACUCUCACUGCGCCGUUCCCCGCCCUCUGCUGCUCAAAGUAUUCGGCUAAGGACUCGAUUUUGGGCCUCCCGGAUUCUACAUGUUCCAUAGAUGAAAUCAAAUCUUCAUGCUCCACCGUUGUAAUCGAGGGAGAUGAGAAAUCAUUGCAGAGGGCACUGGAUGUGGUUCAUAGGAGAUCGCAUGAUUAUGUUGCUUUGCUGUUCUACGCUUCUUGGUGCCCUUUUUCCAGGAAGUUUAAACCAAUAUUUUCUGUUGUAUCUUCAUUGUUUCCCUGGGUUCCUCAUUUUGCAAUUGAAGAAUCAGCCAUUAAACCGAGUACCCUCUCAAAAUAUGGAGUCAGUGGGUUCCCUACUUUGUUCCUUGUGAAUUCUACAAUCCGUUUUCGUUAUCAUGGCUCCCGGAGUCUUGAUUCUUUGGUUGAUUUCUAUGGUCUUUUAGGUGUCGAGACAGCAUCAAAGGAUAACAUAUCUCUGGACAAAAUUAGAUGUUCCUCAAAUAACCGCAGGGAUGGUGGUAGUGAGCAGGAAAGCUGCCCGUUCUCCUGGUCAAGAUCACCUGAGAACUUUCUUCGGCAGGAGACAUAUUUGGCCUUGGCAACUGCAUUCGUUCUUAUGAGGUUGCUUUACGUCGUUUUCCCAGCUGUGUGCAGGUUUUCUCGAGCCUCCAGGAAAUGCAUUUUAAAUCUGAGGACAAGAAGCUUGUGGGAAUACCCUCAGCUUUGCCCAAGCCGAGCAGUACAGUUGUUUAAUUCUUUGAAGGAACCAUGUAAGAGAAGUAAUCUGCAGGAAGGAGCUAUGAAUGCCAAGGCAUGGGCAUCCAAGUCUUUGGCUUCUGUUUCAAUAGGAGAUGCAAGCUCAAGUCGGGCGGUAGCAGCAGUAAGUUCUACUCACUGAUUAAUUUGAUGGCUAAAUCUAAACAACAUAUUUUCUUUAGAAAUGUUCAGCCUACCCUUCAAUGGGAUUUUGUGUUGCAUACUUGUAUAUCAGUUCUUUUAUACACCAUUAAAAGAAUAAUGCCAUUGUAUGUAUUUAUGUAUCAUGUAUGUAUCAUUUAGCAUUUUAGCUAAUAACUUUUGAUUUUAGAUUUAUGUUCA